CAUUAAUGUUGACUAUUAGUCUACAUUGAGUUUACUACAUGCGAAAUUUGAAUUAUUAGGUUAUUAGACCUAUUUUCGUUACAUUAUUAAUUUAUAAUAUAAAUAAAAAUAAUAAAAAUAUGCCAAAUGAAAGGAAAAUGGUAAAAUCUACAUCAAGGAAUGCUAAAUCAAAUGAAGACAUUUAUGCUGGAUUUCAAUCAUUAAGAAAUGAACAACGCAUAAUGGCCAACAAAUUAUCAGAAAUGGAAACAGAGUUAAAUGAACACAAAAUUGUUAUCGAUACAUUGAAAAAUGUCGAUUCCAAACGUAAAUGUUAUAGAAUGAUUGGUGGAAUAUUAUGUGAGCGUACUGUUGAAGAGGUUAUGCCUUCUUUACUUAUAAAUAAAGACCAGCUUACAAAAGUAAUUGGUACAUUAAAUGAGCAGCUGACAUCUAAAGGUAUAGAAAUAAAUGAGUAUAAAGAAAAACAUAAUAUACAUAUUAGAGGACAAGAUGAUUUACAGAGACAAGAAGAAGAAACAAAAGAAAAUAAAAGAAAUAAUAUAGUUAUUAAUUCUAUUUAA